AUGAAGAUCGAGGAAGUACAGUCCACAGCCAAGGCGCAGCGCAUUGCGUCGCACACGCACGUGAAGGGACUAGGAUUGGAGGCAGAUGGCACAGCGUUUCCCAUUGGAUCGGGUCUUGUGGGCCAGGAGAAAGCACGAGAGGCCGCUGGGCUUGUCGUAGAACUCAUCAAGUCCAAGAAGAUGGCCGGUCGCGCAUUGCUGCUAGCAGGGGCUCCCGGAACUGGCAAAACAGCCGUGGCGCUUGGUAUUUCGCAAGAACUGGGACCUAAAGUGCCGUUCUGCCCCAUGGUGGGCUCCGAGGUGUACUCGUCUGAAGUAAAAAAGACGGAGAUUCUGAUGGAAAACUUUCGUCGCGCCAUUGGACUCCGCAUUAAGGAGAGCAAGGAAGUCUACGAAGGUGAAGUAACGGAAAUGACGCCCGAGGAGACGGAGAACCCACUUGGAGGAUACGGUAAGACAAUCUCGCAUGUAAUUGUGGGUCUUAAGACCACGAAGGGCUCCAAGCAGCUGCGACUGGACCCCAGUAUCUACGAGUCUCUGCAGAAGGAGAAGGUCUCAGUGGGCGACGUCAUUUACAUUGAGGCCAACAACGGUAGUGUCAAGCGCGUUGGACGAUCGGAUGCCUAUGCUACCGAGUACGACCUCGAGGCGGAGGAAUAUGUGCCCAUCCCUAAGGGCGACGUGCACAAGAAGAAGGAACUGAUCCAGGACGUGACGCUGCACGAUCUGGACAUUGCCAAUGCGCGACCGCAAGGCGGACAGGAUAUCAUGUCCAUGAUGGGGCAAAUGAUGAAGCCAAAGAAGACGGAGAUCACCGAGAAGCUGCGAACGGAGAUCAACAAGGUCGUCAACAGAUAUAUCGACCAGGGUGUGGCCGAACUGGUGCCUGGUGUGCUGUUCGUGGACGAGGUUCACAUGCUGGACAUCGAGUGUUUCACGUACCUAAACCGUGCUCUAGAGUCGACACUAGCUCCGAUUGUCGUGUUCGCCACGAACCGCGGCGUCUGCCAGAUCCGCGGCACCGACAUUUCGUCUCCUCACGGCGUUCCGCUUGAUCUACUGGACCGCAUGCUUAUUAUCCGCACAAUGCCGUACUCGGUGGAGGAAAUGGUGCAGAUUAUCAAGAUCCGCGCUGAGGCCGAAAGCAUCAAGCUCAUGGAAGACGCUAUUGUGCGAUUGGGCGAGAUUGGGUCACAGACGUCGCUGCGAUACAGUGUGCAGCUACUGACACCGUCCCGGAUCCUCGCAGAGACGCAAGGUCGUUCUGAAGUAUCGGUGGACGACAUUGACGAGACGAAUGACCUCUUUAAUGACGCUAAGCGCUCGGCGCAAGCGCUCGCACAGACUGAAGGAUACCUUAUGUAACGACAGACAAAGAUACCUGCAGCUCAAGGGUCUGACCGCCAAAAUACACUUGAAAGGUCA